CCCCCUAGUGGUGCUCUGCACUUGCCUGUUUAUUUUGAUCCUCAUUUACUUUGCCUCCUUGGCGUCUAAUGGGCCUGAUGGGUGCUACCGGGUGGAGCAUUUUUCGCUCAUUUCGGUCGUAAAUUUCCUAUCUGACCCUAACGGUAAAAAAAGCAAGACGGGGCUGUCGGUAAUCCGGAAACGCCGAGGCCAGAAACCCCUCCCCGCCGCUGGGUAGCCAUAUUGGAGUCGCGGUGGAAAUGGACAGGAACCUGGAGGUGCUGUCGCCGUAUCUGUAGCUGACUUUCCCGGGAUCCCUGAAAGACUCCCCGUCGACAUAAGGAGAGCAGACGGUCGCGUAGCUUUAGCAGCCAGUCACCGGGGCGCAGUAAGAGUUCUGUGUGGCGGGGAGAGUAACUGCCUUUAGCUGGCUGGCUGGCUGAUGUUUGUGAGCCGAAUGUACGGCGGCUGCCCGUCGCCCCCCAGAUGAGCAACAACAGUAAUAAGAGAGCACCAACGACAGCAACACAAAGAUUAAAACAGGACUACCUUCGAAUAAAGAAAGACCCUGUGCCUUACAUUUGUGCAGAACCUCUCCCCUCUAAUAUUUUGGAAUGGCACUAUGUUGUUCGAGGACCAGAAAAAACCCCUUAUGAAGGUGGUUAUUAUCACGGCAAACUCAUAUUCCCACGAGAAUUUCCCUUUAAGCCUCCUAGUAUUUAUAUGAUAACACCAAAUGGGAGAUUUAAGUGCAACACAAGAUUAUGUCUCUCCAUUACAGACUUCCAUCCUGACACAUGGAACCCUGCUUGGUCGGUGUCCACCAUACUGACCGGGCUCUUAAGCUUUAUGGUAGAGAAAGGUCCUACACUGGGCAGCAUUGAAACUUCAGACUUCACUAAGAGACAGCUCGCUGCCCAAAGCUUGGCUUUCAACCUCAAAGACAAAGUUUUCUGUGAGCUGUUUCCAGAUGUUGUUGAAGAGAUCAAGCAGAACCAGAAAGCCCAGGAGGAGUUAAGCUCGCGACCACAAGCUCUGCCCCUCCCAGAUGUGGUACCCGAUGGAGAUGCCCACAACGUGCAGAACGGCUUCCCAGGCCUCAAUGGGCAUUUGCCCCCAGCUGCUGGUGCCAUCAACCCUCCUGGCCUCCAGCAAGCCAAUCGCAAUCACGGACUCCUUGGCGGAGCGCUGGCAAACUUGUUUGUCAUAGUGGGCUUUGCGGCCUUUGCCUACACAGUCAAGUAUGUACUGCGAAGCAUAGCGCAGGAGUGAGAGAAGACCAAAACUGAGGGGCUGUCUCAUUACCCCAAAUUGAACGAUAAAAACAAACCGACCAACAAGGGAGAGGGUGGAACUGUGAGACUCAAGGGAGGAGGGCACUUGUAUGGGGGUGGGGGGUGGGGGGACCUUUUGAGUUCAUUUGAAUGCUGUCCAGAUGAGGAAAAAACAGGCUGGCUCAUGGGUAUUCAGAACGCAUCUGAUAUGAUUUGUCACCAGUGAUAUCUUGGCUUUGCUCAUAAGUAAAGAAAAAAAGUGAAGAUUUCCUUCAUGCUAUACCCCACCAGCUCCAAAUUACGGCAUAAAUUAGUGUAAUUCAUUUCACGCGUUGUACAGAAAGCAAAAAAAGCAGGUGUGUAAAGGUUGUUGAGCAAGCCAGCUGUGCAGCCUCUGUUUUGUCAGCAUUUCACUUGAAUCAGGGAUUUGUGAUCGCCAUCUUUGUGACUACCACCCUCUAGUGUCCUGCAAGAUGGGAGUUUGAAUAAUUUUUUAAACCAUUCUGCACUCAGAGGAUUUUCUGCCCCACUUUUUGUAGGUUUAGUAAACUUGGAUUAAAAACAGACUACCAACACAAGCUCAAUUGCAAAAAAAAAAAAAAAAAAGAUUAAAUUCUAUGCAUCGCUGUACACUGAAUAGCCGAAAUAAGACGGGAACAGCCUGUCUGCCUGACUAAGAUUCCCAUCUAGUACACAGUGUUCUCUUUUUGCCCAUGAUGCAACCUGUAAAAUAAAUCUGAGCGACAACUUUUGGGUUAUCCUGGGAGUAAACAAUGGCUAAUUCUCAAAUACACGCAAGACAGAACACUAUUGCAGUAGCCCAUGUUGCCUGAAAAUCUGUACUGGGAAAUUCCAUUAUGGCCACCCCAAGUAAGAUGAAGUAUUUUUAAAUAGGAAUUGAUCAGACUUACUGUAAAAGGCACUUUUAGAUACUGUACAACCCUAAAUGCAGAUUACCAUACGCAGAUUAAGUGUGCAAUCUGUGUUCUCCAGAUCUUCGCUUUUGUUUCAUUUUAGUAAACAAUGCUUGACACAGAUGCAUUAGUGUUCGAGUAUUUUAAGGUGUAAAUCUUUGUGCAAUAUUUGUUGGUGGUUUCAAAUAAAUAUUCAUACAAUUCUGGUGUCUUCUAUAUCCUAUGUUGUUUUUGUUUCUUUUUGUCCAUUGGAAUGGAGUUGAUGUGUUUGUUGACACCGGAAUGAGAAGUAUGGGAAGCAAGUGAUCUUAAGGCAACAGUUGGCACCACUGCAGAUACUUACAAAGACAUAUUUAAGAACUUCGUUCCUGACCAUAUGCUCGAUUCAUGUUUCCACCUCACUCGUAACCAGAGAAUACUAAUAGAAAUGGACCAGGAUCCGGAUCAAAACAACAGAGCACAAGAGCCAAGUAAAAAAAAGACAAUAUGCUAUAUAUUUUUCAAAUGCGUCAUCCCAUGUAGUUAAAUUUUUUAAUGCUGGACUUAUUAUUAUUCCUUGUUUGCUCACUCAGAGCAUUGUUUCUGUUUAUUGUUGUUAUGAGAGCCCAAAUCUAUAUCCUCACUAGUUAUAAUAUUGAAAAGAACUGGCAACUGCGAGGUUUGAAUAAAAGUGUUUGACUGUAUGUUUAAUAAAUUCUUUGCUAAAA